AUGGCCAGAGACGUCAGUCCUCUGAGCCUCAUGCCUUUCUCUGCAAGGCAUCAGCAAUGGAUCGGAGCCUCUCUGGGGUCUGUCCUCCCCGUCUUCCCACUACGCUCUUUAAUUGUCUACUACUUCCUGUCAUGUGCUGCUGCAACCGGCAGCUUGCCUGGCAUGGAUCAUGACUAUGGCAUUAGCCCCAAAUUUGUUUGCACUCCAAUUCCCCCAGAUGCGGACCCCAGCUGCUUUUCCCCUCCCAAUGUGCCCCAUGGAACGAGCAGCAACGGCCACAGUAGUGACCACAGCGGUGGUAGCCGGCGAGGCAUGAUGUCCGAUGAGGCCAAAGCCACCAUCUUGCACCUGCGCGAGAGCCUUGUAAGGCAAAAGGAGACUAUCCUGGAUCAGCGAGAGACCAUCCGGGAGCUGACCGCCAAGCUCACUUUGUGUGAGGGCUUUGGAGGUCACCACAGCACCGGCCACCAUGAUAACCACCAUGACAAUCACCACGAUAACCAUCAUGACAACCAUCAUGAUACACAUGACAGCCAUCACGAUGACCACCACGGGCAUCACAGCACCCACCACACGCCAUCGUCCUCACACCACGGGCCGUUCCACAGCAACGAUCACCACUACUCCCACGGCAGUCACAGGCCGGACACCCACCACAGGAAGGGCUCUACGUACGGAAAACACAGCUCCUUCUCCCCAGAGCAGACGGGCAAAACGUUACAGACUCUGAAGGAGAGGCUGGAGAACUUGCAGGCCAGAAACUCGUCGAGCUCGUACUCCAGCUCGCUGAGAGAACUCCUCCAGAGGAAGAUCACGGCGCUGGAGGAGCAGCUGCACAGCUACUACCGAGAUCACCAUAACGACCACCACGACGACCACCAUGACGACAAUCACGGCGACCACCACGACAGCCACCACGACGAUAACCACGGCAGCAGCCACCACGACGACCACCACGACGACCACCGCAGCAACGGUCACCGCGAAAACCACCACGACGACCACCAUCGAACGGGUCACCAAGACAACCACCAUCGCACGGAUCACUAUGACGACCACCACAACAACAACAACCAUCGCAACACUCACCAUAGCAACAGCAGGCCCAACCACCGCAAUACUCACCACAACACCGGGCGCCACUACGACCACCACUACUACAGCCGGCACAACAGUCACUAUGGCAACCACCACGGCAACCACCACAACGACCACCACGACGAUCACCACGACGACCACCACGGUUACCACGAUGAUCACCACGGCAGCAGCGAACAUCACGAGGACGACCACGGGCCCGGCUACCACGACGACCACCACUACGAUCACCAUGACGAUUACCACGACACCGGUCACCAUGACGACGAUCACCAUGGCGACCACCAUGAAGACCACCAUGAAGACCAUCAUCCACGGCGACUGUCCUUCAACGCCAAAGAGACGAGCCUGCAGGGACACAACAAGCUGGAGACCGUGCUCAGCCAGAUCCACCACACACACACUGACCACGGAAACCACAAGAAGUUAAAGAGUCCCAACGCGUUCCUGCUGGACUUCCCCAUGAGGACCAACUACAUGUACGCCCGGAUGAAGCGGUCUGUGAUCAACGAGAUCUUUGCUCUGACAAUGUGCCUGUGGAUAAAGGCAGGAGCAGGUCCCGGACUUGGUACUCCAAUAUCCUACGCCGUACCUGGACAAGCCAAUGAGCUGGUGUUGAUCGAAUGGGGAAGCAACCCCAUGGAGCUGCUGAUCAACGACAAGGCGGUGACUCUGCCGAUAACCAUGACAGACGGGAAGUGGCAUCAUGUGUGUGUGACGUGGUCGACACGCGAAGGUGUCUGGGAGGCCUACCAGGACGGGGUGAAAAAAGGCUCAGGGCAAAACCUGUCAGCCUGGCACUCAAUCAAACCAGGAGGGACCUUCAUCCUGGGCCAGGAACAGGACACCAUGGGAGGCCGCUUCGACGUCACUCAGUCCUUCAUGGGCGAGCUCUCUGAUCUCCAAUUCUGGUCCAGAGUCCUGACGGCCAGUGAGAUCCACGGCCAAGCGACCUGCGGAGCCCACCUCACUGGUGACAUCAUGUCCUGGUCUGAGGAGGCAGUGGAGCUCCACGGAGGACUCACAGAGUUCCCCUUCGACCCCUGCCACUUGUGACUGAAGCCCGAGCCCCACACCCGGAGCAGCGGCAUCGUCACCCCCACAUUUGUAAUCACAUUGCCACAUCAAAUAAUGCUUGAGAAGUGAGGGACAGGAAGUUUGUCAUGGAUUUAAGAUGAGGUAGUAAUCUUUGUCGUGGUUUUUUCAUCACAUCGGUCUGCACAAAGUUUAAUUACAGCAGCUCGGCCGUGGGCACAGAGAGAGCAAGGAGGUUAUUUCAUGCUUUUCCAUCUCUCCGCCUGCUCCCUUCCUUUUUUCUGCUCUGACGCUCUCAGCAGGGCGAUUUUGAAGGCUCUGAAGAGCACCAAGCUUUGGAUUUAACGGCUGUGUGGUCAGGAGCGCGGCUGCUCUGAGAGCCAACACGUCUAAUAGGAUUUCAUUCCAUCAGAACAGGUCCAAAGGUUGCUUGUUGCUAACAGCCUGCCGCCUGCGCUAGCCUGUUUAGUUUGGUGUGUGAGCAACAUUAACUUUACAGGCAGAGGAAGAAAGGCUGAGAGAACGGGACACCUGGAGACCUGGAGACCUGGACUAUGAGGAUUCAUACGUAUUAAUCAGCUGUUGGCGCUUAAACAUCUGCUAAAGUUUGUGGAGACAAAGGGAUAACACUCCUGCAGGACUUUUUUUACAAUGCAGUUUGAAAAAAAACAACCUUUGGAUGCAAAUUUUGCACGUUGUGAUUUUGGCAAACUGUUUUAUACCAUGUAGUAUUUCAUAUUGAAAACAAUGUAAUCUAUGUGUGGCAUUACCUUUUUGUUUAUUCUGAGCAGAGUAAGAUGUUUUAAACUCCCCCCCCUCCUCAGAGGUCAAACAGCGGCUAUGGAAGAGCGCCAGGGAUUCAAUGUCAAACAUGACAUGUCACAUGACGCAUGACACAAGCAACCACCCACCUGACUGCAUCAUACAGAGCUGACUGUCCCUCAACAUGUCACUCUGCAUCUGAUGGCUUACAGCGGGAUCUACUUGCGAGCAACUGAUCUGAUCCUGCCUAUUUCCGGCCAGCUCUAACCACAUGACAGAGUUAGACACACACACACACACACACACACACACACACACACACACACACACAGAGGCUCAGAUAAAGAGGUGAACAGAGACCUUGCUGAUCUCCUGCUCUCUGUUUGUAGACGCACUUUCAUGUUUUUAUAACUAAGGAGGUUUUUGCACAUGUGAACCACAUGUUAUAUCUUUUUAAUUAUCAAAAGCAUCAUCAUGGUAUUUCCCACAUUGUAUAUAAAUAAGUACAUAGCACUUUUUGAGCCAUGUUUGUUUGUAAAGCACACUUUGGGACUAAACUUCCUGAUUUAUUCCUUCUUUAUUGAAACCCUCUCUUCAUCUCCAACUGUCCCAGCAUCAGGGACACAUUACCCAGACCGUUCCCCUCCACACUUCCGCCAAGACAACCAGCACUUUGAAACAAAGCUCCCCUUUUUCUUCAAGUAAUAGUGGGCCAAAUACAUGUCUCUCAUAUAAUCCUUCUUGUUUCUGACAUAGACUUCAGUUCAUUCAUCUUCUUCUUCUACAGAAAUGUGUAAUCGUGCGGUGAAUGUUGACAUAAAAAAUAAGACAUACAACCUAUUGCUUUAAGACUUGCUUGUUCUUGCCUUGUGUACAUUAAUGGUUAGGUUUUUUUUAUGUGUAUUCUUCUUGUCUGUACAUACUUUAAGUGUAACAUGUGAUGAGUCAACAGUCCCUCCUUUAUGUGUAAGCCAAAACUAUUUACUGAAAUGUAAAACUUGAAAGAGGCACUAUAAAUGCUGUCAAAUAUUUAUA